AUGACCGACUACGCCAAGGAGCGCGCGGACGUGUACGCCGACAUGACGGCGCCCGUCGCCGCCUUUGACGGCCGCAAAAUCCUCUCCGUGGCCGCCAACUUUGCUCUGCCACCGACGGUGCCGUCGCCAACGCCAAUGCCGUACCCGCUCUUGGGCGAGGCGGACGUUGUCCGCUUGAUCUGCUCGCCUCUGCCAGCGGCGGCGGCAGCGCUCAGCCGGCGCAUUGGCGAAGAGAUCGCAGCCAUCUUCGAGUCGGAAACCGCAACACAGACGUAUGUCAACACGGAAGCCUCGAUGCAUGUGACGCUCUUCCACACUUCGCACCCGGACGCCUGCUUGCCCUUUUCGCCCGCCCUCCGCGCCGAAGAGGUGCGAACGCUCAAGGCGCUCAUAUCGAGUACCCCUGCGUUUGCUUUGACGAUCCACAGUGUGAUCCUCGCGGCUUCCGGCACUGUCCUGCUGCUUUUUGAAGACCCGACCAACGCCGUCCAGCACCUCCGGAGCCGCGCCAAGGCGACGUUCGGAUCUGCGCUUCGCCACCCAAACCACAUCAUCCAUUCGACGCUUUCGCGCGUGCUCACCGACACGGUGUCGCCGGCGUGCUUGGCGGCGGCCAUCGCCCGCUGCAAACAGCUCACGGCCGAGCUCGCGGGCCAACGAGUUGAGAUUGACGCGAUCUGGUACGUGGAGGAGACGCACUUUUACUCGGCGGGCAGCGGUCAGCACGAAAAGAUCGCGUUUGGCACCGCCUUGGCGUGA